AAUAAUCAGGGCUUUACUAAAGUAGUGCUUACACUGAAGACUGCAUGCAACUGGAGUGAGACUCAGGCAUCACCCAGGAACAAGCAAGCACAGAUCCGGGGGACAGGGAGAAUGGGGAGGUUUAUCGUCUAUCUAAAUGAAGAGAAUGUUGGGAAGAGCAUAUUCCAAGCACAGGCAUGGGAAUCUUCUAGAGGCCAUGAAAUGAAAAGGACUUCUACUCUGAUGCAGAAAUCCCAGCUCGCCCUUGUAAGAGCAGCAGGUUUAUCUUGUAUACACAGCAGUUUCCGAACCGCGGGACACUGAAGAUAGAGAUUUGAGUGUGGCUGGUAGAAGAAGGGCCAUAGUUUGUUGCUUGGUAGAAACUUCUCAGCAGGAGCCUAGGAAACCAGAAACUGGCCCAACAGUGACACCAGGGCCUGGUGAGAGCGCCACUGCCACUCUGGGUCUAGCUGGAGCAUCCUCUGGAACCUGCUUGAGGAUACAGGAUCAUGCAUUCUACCUAAAAAGUGGCUUCUCACUACCGGGCGGGACUGGGCCUGCACGGCUCUUCCGGAAGCCCUCCAGCGCGAGAAUUUCCUCCAAUCUCGUGAGAGCCGCAGCGGCAGCGGCCGGUGCGCAGGCGCGUGCGUGUGCCGUCGGUUCUGGAACGCGACCGCUGAGGAUCCCGGCGCCAUGUUGGCCCGGUAGGGUACCAGGGGAAGCGCUUGAGGCGGCGGGCUCGGAGCGGAGCGGGGGCCGACCGGGCCGGCCGGCAGGAGCCCGCCCCCUCGCGCCUUCGGAUCAUGAGCCGAGCAGAGGCCGCCGAGGUCGCGGUGGCGGGGCAGGUGCCCUGGCGGCGCGGGAGCUAGAGAUGAUGCCAUUUGCGGUGACCACCCAAGGAGCACAACAGCCGGCUCCCGCCCCGAAGCAGUACGGCAUAUCGUCCCCCAUCAGCCUGGCCGCCCCCAAGGACACAGACCGCGAACUCACCCAGAAGCUGAUUGAGACCCUCCAGCCCUUCGGGGUGUUUGAAGAGGAAGAGGAACUGCAGCGCAGGAUUUUAAUUUUGCAGAAAUUAAAUAAUCUGGUGAAGGAAUGGAUCCGAGAAAUCAGUGAAAGCAGGAAUCUUCCACAAGCUGUAAUUGAGAAUGUUGGGGGAAAAAUUUUUACGUUUGGCUCUUAUCGACUAGGAGUACACACGAAAGGUGCCGAUAUCGAUGCGUUGUGCGUUGCACCAAGACACGUGGAUCGAAAUGACUUUUUCACCUCCUUUUAUGACAAAUUGAAACUACAGGAGGAAGUAAAAGAUUUGAGAGCUGUUGAAGAGGCCUUUGUGCCGGUUAUCAAACUGUGUUUUGAUGGGAUAGAGAUUGAUAUUUUGUUCGCAAGAUUAGCAUUGCAGACUAUUCCGGAAGAUUUGGACCUACGAGAUGAUAGUCUGCUUAAAAAUUUAGAUAUUAGGUGUAUAAGAAGCCUUAAUGGUUGCCGGGUAACUGAUGAAAUUUUACAUCUGGUACCAAACAUUGACAGCUUCAGGUUAACACUGAGAGCCAUCAAAUUAUGGGCCAAAUGCCACAAUAUCUAUUCCAAUAUUUUGGGUUUCCUUGGAGGUGUUUCCUGGGCUAUGCUAGUAGCAAGAACUUGCCAGCUUUAUCCAAAUGCAAUAGCAUCCACUCUAGUACGUAAAUUUUUCUUGGUAUUUUCUGAGUGGGAAUGGCCAAAUCCAGUGUUGUUAAAAGAACCAGAAGAACGAAAUCUUAACUUGCCUGUGUGGGACCCGAGAGUGAAUCCCAGUGACAGGUACCAUCUUAUGCCUAUAAUUACACCGGCAUACCCACAGCAGAACUCCACAUAUAAUGUGUCUGUUUCCACAAGGAUGGUCAUGAUUGAAGAGUUUAAGCAAGGGCUUGCUAUCACACAUGAAAUUUUGCUGAAUAAGGCAGAAUGGUCCAAACUUUUUGAAGCUCCAAGCUUUUUUCAAAAAUACAAGCAUUAUAUUGUACUUCUGGCAAGUGCACCAACAGAGAAACAACAUUUAGAGUGGGUGGGCUUGGUGGAAUCAAAGAUCCGAAUCCUGGUAGGGAGCCUGGAAAAGAAUGAAUUCAUUACUCUGGCACAUGUGAAUCCCCAGUCAUUUCCAGCACCAAAAGAAAAUGUUGACAAGGAAGAGUUUCGUACCAUGUGGGUGAUUGGGUUAGUGUUGAAGAAGCCAGAAAAUUCUGAAAUUCUCAGUAUUGAUCUCACCUAUGAUAUUCAGUCUUUCACAGAUACAGUUUACAGACAAGCAAUAAAUAGCAAGAUGUUUGAGAUGGAUAUGAAAAUUGCUGCAAUGCAUUUAAGAAGAAAGGAACUUCAUCAGCUACUUCCAAAUCAUGUUCUUCAGAAAAAGGAAACACAUUUAACAGAAGGUGUAAGAUUGACAGCUGUGAAUGACAGCAGCCUUCUCUUGUCUGUGGACAGUAAAAACAGAAUGUCUGCACCUUCACCUACUGGCACUAUGAAGACAGGCCCACUGACUGUAAACCCUCAGGGCAGAAACAGUCCUGUUCUGGCUGUUAUGACAGCAUCGGUGACCAACAUACAGUUUCCUGAAGUUUCCUUGCAGCAUGUGAGUCCUAUAGAAAGCUCAGGGAUUGCCCUGAGUGAAAGCAUUCCUCAAAUUCCCUCACAACCUACCAUUUCUCCACCACCUAAGCCUACAAUGACCAGAGUGGUUUCUUCAACACAUCUGGUAAGCCAUCCACUAGACCUUCAGGAAAUACAGCAACGAACAUACCCAAUCCUAUACUAGGAGUCUAGAAGACAUUCUCACCUGAUAAGAAGAAAGGAACAAGAAAUCCAACAGAAGGGAAGAAACCAGAUAGACAAGUGCAGCUCAGCCACUACUCAGACAGCAGCUUCUCUGUUGGCCUCUCAGGAAACACCUGGGAACAGAUAAGCCCGCUCUCCCUGUUUUUCCUAGAGAUCCUAUUCCUUUUAUCGAAAGUUCAAUAAAACAGAUUGAAUGGAUAGAAACCACCUCAAAGGCCCUCACACAAAUUCUUGCAAAUUCAUCCUGUUGCUUUCAGAUGUUAAAGGAACCAGUCCAGAUAUGACUCAGAAUAGAUUCAUACUCGAUUGGUAACUUUCUUUACUGGCCUAAUCUUGAAGUCCAGAUUAGCAUUCAAAACCAGAAGUACUUUUACUCAUGCCUCAGAUUAUUAACAUGUCACUACCAGUUAUUAUUUCAAAGGACUACUAUUCGAAAAGAGAAAAAUUCCUUCCAGCUGUAUUCAUUUCUACCUAUGACAGACAUUAGUAUUGGAUUUAUGUUUGAUCCAUUGUUGGGAAACUAGCAAUAUAAACUAUCAGAACCCCUCAUUUUAGUGGUGCACUUUAUGGGCUUUUUAAUUUUUCCAUUAGGAUUAGAGCUAAUUUUUGACUUUCCACUUUGGUGAAUUUUCAUGGGUUUUUUUCUCCCUGAAAAGGUUUCUUUACUAAUCUUAAAGUUGCAUGCUAUUUUUGUAUUAAUAUAUCUCAGUUCCCAAGGGGUGGCUGCACCUUUUAAAAUGGAAUGUCAACUCCUAGGGCAUCUAUUUGACAUCAAAACCAUAAUUACUAAGUAUUUGGUUUCUGUGGGACAAGAUCAAGAAAUGGUAUAUGGGUUUUAUCUGAAGAGUUGUUUGGGAGAAUGUAUAAUCAGCAACUAGGUAUUUUCUCAGACUCCACAUUCUUUUGUCCUUAAUCAUCUGACCUCAAACAAAAAACCUUUUGCCUUUAUCCUCUUCUCUGCAUCAAGCAUGCACACAUGCUGUUUCUUAAAAACCAUAGUGUUAAUGUCCAAACCAUGAUGUGAAUCCAAAAGUUCUAUGGCCAUGUGGCAAAAACACCAGAUCUGACUCCAUGGCUAAUUUCUCAGGAAAACUUGGGUCAGUGUUGUGUCUGCGAAACAUAUUGCUGAUCUCGGUUUCUUGAUAAGCACAGAUAUGAGAUUUUCUGUGUCACAGAAUAUCUGCUUUGGAAGAAAACUAGUUUCCAACUUUAAAUAUGUAGUCAAAAAGGCAUUUUUACUCCCAAAACUUUAAGCCAUGUUUUAUUUUUUUAAUGCAGUACCAGAAUUUAUCAGAUUUUGUGUGUACAGUCAAACAAAAUAAUUUCCACAAAGCACUUGACAUCUAGUCAGCUUUCUACUCUUUUAUCAAAUAUUAGGGAUACGUUAAGUGAAAAAGCUGCUUUUCAAUAAAGCAGCAGAAUCCCCAUCUGUAAGAACCAUGAGGGCCAACGGCUGUUGUUGAAUGAUAGCUUAGUCUUCCUUAAUCUAGACACAGCGAACAGUAGGUUCUCCAGGCAGCCCGGUCUGUCCCUUCCCAUCCCUCUAAGACUCUGUUCUUUUCUGUUCCGCCCAUUUUCUCCCAUGUCAAACCAAAAUUGUUUACCCUCCUUUGUCCCUCUAGAUAAAUUUUCAGUGUUGGAAUACAGUCUUUUUCCUUUUAAGCUACGCAGUAACUAACUGAAACGUUCGGAUACCUGGAAUACCGGAUCUCUGUCCCACCUUCGCCCUGUGCAAGUUCACUUUGCCCUUGCACCAGCACGAUAAGUCAGGUGAAAAGCACAUGGCUUCUGCAUUUCAAAUAGCCACGGUGUCUGGCUGAAACUGCCAGGCACAAAUUUAGUCUCAUUUUGUUUACACAUUGGAAAAAUUUGUUUAUUAAAUGUUUUGUGUAACUAUAUCUGUUUUUUUUUUAAACCAAGCUGGAAACUUGGGACUUCUGAAGUCUAGUUUUUAUUACGUGAAUACCAGACUAUUUUUUCAUGUGAUGUGCGUAGUGUCUCCUGCCUGGAGUUUGCUGUUAUGUGGUAUCUGUACUCCUUGUAUUUUCGAGCACUAUUUUGAAAGCAGAUAAUGUAUUUCUCUCCAUUACAAACACAAUAAAAAUAAAUGCCAAACAACCUGGAACUAAAACUG